AUGUUGUUGGACGAUAUGGGCCUGACCCACCAUCUGAUGGCAAGAGCCAACAACCACCUAUCGCGCAUUUCACCUUAUGGUUAUAUACCCGAGAAAUCAGCUGGGAUAGCAUACAUAGUUGUGUUUGCUGUGCUGGCACUAAUCCAUAUCGGCCUGGGGCUGAAGUACAGAUACUGGCUGGUAUUCAUAACGCUGAUACCGGGAACAAUCUUGGAAGUCAUAGGAUGGUCAGGUAGAUUAUGGUCGGCCUAUAAUGUAUGGAGCAUUACCCCUUUCUUAAUGCAGAUCGCUUCCCUCAUCAUUGGUCCGGCCUUCUAUUCCGCUUGGGCCUAUACUAUCCUCGGAUACUGCAUCACCCAGCUUGGACAUGUCUACUCACUUCUCAGUCCCAAAAUGUACCUCGCCGUAUUUAUCACUGCGGACGUAAUCUCCUUGGUCAUCCAAGCCAUAGGUGGUGGUAGAGCUGCUGUAGCUGCUCAGAACGGUACGGAUACUCAUAAAGCUACGAAAAUUAUGCUUGCUGGUAUUUUGUUCCAACUCGGUACGAUGGCAAUUUUCGUCGCAUUAGCCAGUGAUUUCAUCAUCCGAGUCAUAUUCCGUAAACCAUAUUCGCACCUCAAACGCAAACAUCACACUAUUUCUAGUACCAAUGAAGAAUCGAAAUCAUCUGGAGGAAAUACGUCACAACCUCGACAGCCUCCUGCUGAUGACUUGACAGGAGCAGUCCGAACGGACGAGGUCAAAAAAGGCGAAAAAUUAUUAGCCGGAGUCGCAUUUGCCUCGGCUAUGAUCUUCGUUAGAGGUAUUUACAGAUCCAUUGAAUUGGCCCAAGGAUGGUCAGGAUACCUCAUCACCCACGAGCCAUAUUUCAUCUAUCUGGAUGGUCUACCAAUGGUACUUUGUCUGGCGGCGUUCGCGGUCGCUCAUCCGGGAUGGCUUUUACCCAGACGAAGGGGGUGGAUGAGAGCGUGA